AUGAGUUGGCUCCUGCCCGUUCGAAGGAGUGUUGUCCGCCCCCAGUACUUACUUCGAAACCGGGGAACCGCUUUGCCUUGCGCACAUGCGCUAUCACUAUGUCGUCCUCGCUGCAGUUCAACCUUCUGCCCAAGCAAUAUUGCUGAGCUGCUGAGGCCAUCUCCACAAUCAAUCUCCGCCCAGCGGACUCCACGGGACAAUGAGGCGCUGACGAUAAACGGCUAUGUGCGGACAGUGCGCAAGCAAAAGCGUAUUGCAUUUGCUGCCAUAGGAGAUGGCUCGACCCUGCAGACAGUACAAGCAGUGCUGCCUCCCCAACUAGCGGAAGGUCUCUCCACUGGUGUUGCAGUGACGGUCACAGGAAAGUGGACACCCUCGCCAGGUCAGGGCCAAUCCCAUGAACUUCAAGUAAACCAAGUGCACAUACUGGGAGAGAACGAUGCUACAUGUCAUCCACCUAUCAUCACAUCUUCCGACUGCGAGGGUGCAGGAGAGGUAUUUACUGUUGCGCCUGAGGUACCAUCGUCAUCAGACAAAUCCUCUUCAAACCAGAUCAAGAAGCAUGAAGACAUGUUUUUCGGCUCUCCAAAAUACCUCACCGUUUCUAGCCAGCUUCACCUAGAAGCUUUGGCUCAAUCAGUGAACAAGGUCUGGACGCUGUCUCCAACAUUUCGAGCCGAAAAGAGUGAUACGGCUCGUCAUCUUAGCGAAUUCUACAUGCUGGAAGCAGAACUAGCUUUCGUCGACGACGCCAAUGUCGUCAUGGACGUUGUGGAAGAGAUGUUGCGUUCUGUUGCGUUGAAGUUACAAGAGUCAGUUGUAGGUCAAGAGCUCCUUGAGGCGCGAGCACGAGACCAGGAUCAAGAAAGCACAUCCGUGUCGCACGCUACCCUCGCACAACGGUGGCAAGGGUUGGCAGAAGGUCCAUGGCCUCGAAUCUCAUAUGCGGUUGCGAUACGGCACCUCAAGGACGCGGUGGCUCAAGGCAAGGUGGAAUUCGAGUAUGCACCUGGUCAUGAAGACGGCCUACAAACCGAGCACGAACGAUUUCUGGCUGAGAGCUUGGGAUGCGGGGGACCCAUAUUCGUCACUGACUAUCCACGCAACAUCAAGCCCUUCUACAUGGCGCCGUCAAAUGAUCUGACUGUUGAUGAAUCGGCUGCACCGACAGUCGCAUGCUUCGACCUACUUGUACCUGAGAUUUGUGAACUGGUGGGAGGCUCUAUGCGUGAACACCGACUGGAACAACUUCUGAAAUCCAUGGAGGAACAGGGUCUCCAACAAGCGUCGGACGACUCUACCGACGCAUCAGACGGCUCUUUGCAGUGGUACGUGGACCUCCGACGAUACGGCAGUGUACCGCAUGGAGGCUUUGGUCUUGGAUUCGAUCGACUCCUGUGCUACCUCGCUGGUGUGCCUAACAUCAGGGACGUAGUCAGCUUCCCCCGGUGGCACAAGCGGUGCGACUGCUGA